AUGACUUCAUUACAAGACCCCCAGCGACUGCACACAACUUCCUCGUCUUCGUCCUUGCUGGACCUUGCAUCCAAUCUUGUUUCUCCAAAGUCCUUCCUUUUCAACGCUCACCACAAAACACCCCCUCCUUCACUCCCGCCCCAGCGCGCUUCAACGAUGGACAAGGCGCAGCAACCCAGCUCAUUCCAGCAGCUGGAGAAGCUCGGAGAGGGUACAUAUGCCACCGUUUUCAAGGGGCGAAAUCGCCAGACCGGCGAACUUGUCGCUUUAAAAGAGAUUCACCUUGAUUCCGAAGAAGGAACACCGUCCACCGCCAUUCGCGAAAUCUCGUUGAUGAAGGAACUGAAACAUGAGAGCAUCGUAUCCCUUUACGACGUGAUUCAUACAGAGAACAAGCUCAUGCUUGUGUUUGAAUACAUGGACAAGGAUUUAAAGAAGUACAUGGAUACCCGGGGCGAUCGGGGGCAAUUGGACCAAGCUACCAUUAAGUCAUUCAUGCAUCAACUUAUGAAUGGCAUUGCAUUCUGCCAUGACAACCGAGUCCUGCAUCGCGAUCUCAAGCCACAAAAUUUGUUGAUCAAUAAGAAAGGGCAAUUAAAACUAGGGGAUUUUGGGCUUGCGCGCGCAUUCGGUAUCCCUGUCAACACAUUCUCGAACGAAGUCGUGACGCUCUGGUACCGUGCUCCGGAUGUUCUUCUUGGCAGUAGGACAUACAAUACGAGUAUCGAUAUUUGGUCCGCGGGUUGUAUUAUGGCAGAGCUAUACACAGGGCGCCCGUUGUUCCCGGGAACAACCAACGAAGAUCAACUGCAGAAGAUCUUCCGCCUCAUGGGAACGCCCUCUGAGCGCUCCUGGCCUGGUAUCUCCCAGCUUCCGGAGUACAGAGCCAAUUUCCAUGUUUAUGCCACACAAGACCUCGGCCUAAUCCUUCCCCAAAUUGACCCGAUCGGCCUUGAUCUGUUGAAUAGAAUGCUCCAACUACGACCGGAGAUGCGCAUCAGUGCCCAUGAGGCCCUUCAACAUCCUUGGUUCCGUGACCUUCCACAGCUACAAGCACAGUUGCAUCAGCAGCAGCAGCAAAUGGCUGGGUAUGGGGGAAUGAUGCCGCCUCAACAAGCGUAUUAG